AUGGGCGAUUCUUCAGACAAGUUUUAUAAUCCUAAACAAGUCACAAAACCUAGUUACCUCUUACGAAACUCUUGCACCAUUUUAAUUUGCUAUGAGAGGUUUGGUUUUUUUGACGAGAUAAUCCCCAUACAAAAUCUCGUGAAGACCAUGAAGGAUGUCAUGGCCAUGAAGGCUGUCUUCAGGUUAUUUAAACAGCCGUUGCCUUCUUUCUUAAAGGUCUCAGUAAAGUAACUCUCAAAAGAUGCUGGGAGAGACAAAAAAUGCCGUAAUUUUAAUUCAUUUUCAUGAUUUCUCUUUUGUCUCAUUUAUCCAUCAAGUGUAAGUUGUACUAACCUGCUGUCGCCACAAAACCCAAAGCAAGAAAUAUCAAAGCACUGAAAGAUUUCAUCUCCGCUCUGUGAAAAAAUCCUCUUACCAGCAAACAAAGAAACAAACAAGGAAAUAAAAAAACAACAAAAUAUUUUAGAAGGGAAGACAAAUCUUCGAUAGCGUUGUGAGGUUAUAUCGUCCGGGAUUAUAACCAUGGAAUUAUAACCAGGUCAAAAGAUUACAAAGAUCCACUUCCUUGCUUUCGUAAGUUGGAUAAGUUAUCGCAAGUUGUGGAAAUGCCUGAGUUUUAAACUAUCAUUUCUGGCUAUUCUAGAAGAUCAAAGUUGGAUCAGAAAAAGACCAGGUAAUAAAAGUCACGAUUGAUUAAGCCUUACAGACCAAAUGAUUUGUUACAUAAUCGUGGUUUGUUUAAAAUUUUGAAAAAAUAAUGCAUUUUGCCCUUUCAUUGAGCGGACAUCAAUCAAAUCAUUCAAUCUUUUGGGGAAACGAAAGGGAAAAAGAAUCCUCUCCACCAAGAGAGUAAGCAAAUUUCGAAAACAAAUUCACUUUUAAUAAUGUUGAUUGGCUCUCCCAAUUUUUUUUUUCAACUGUGUAAAAGCAGGUUAGAUGGUUAAAUUAUGUUAGUCUUAUUAAAAUCUUACUCACCACGAUACCAGUUGAUCUCUCUCUUCCAGAGUCCGCUUAUUUCUACAAAAUUUUGUUCGCUGUCAAGGCAUUUAAUCCUUAAACUGGCAUGGGUUCACGAACAGGCAAGAUUUGUUUUUAAAUGAUAAUGAGAACAUUUAAUUAAUUUGUCAAGGUUGAGUAAAACAACAAAAAGUUUAAUUAGUUUUUUUGUUUUUGUUUUGUUUACUUCAUUGUACCAGUCUUAACUCUCAUAUAAUUUUUCACAGUUGUCAAGUUUGUUUAAAAGGGCAAUAAGAUUAAUUAGCUUUUGUGUUUUCGUUUGUUUUACUUUUUAUUACAAAUAUUUCAUUUAUUAUUUAAUACAAAAGUUUCUCACAAAAAGAGCAAAACCAACAAGAUAACAAUCGUAAAAUUGACAAAUUACGCCAGUAACUCAUACAACAAAAUAGGGACAAUGAUACUUUAUCAAACUUCAAUGUGUUGACUUUCUUUGUCAGCUUUGCUUGUUACCCUCAGAAUUCUCUGCGGAGAAGGGAAGGUUUGAAGAGCAGAAAGAUUGAGUUUUCUCCUCACCUCCUCUGUUCUCUCAGUGUUUUGGUAGUUUGAUACAAAUAUUUCGUACUUCUGUCUGUAACCUUCUUUUAUGUCAAUUUCAUUUGCCCCAAACAAAGGAAGUUUAAUUCUACGCCUGUGAAUUCAUUGAAUGACUGAUUAUCUUAUUUAACAGUUGUUUGUUUUUCUAUUCGCAAAUAGAAAUUGUAAUAAGUUAAAUAUGAUUUUAAUAACUUCGUCUAAUGUCAGUUGUCAUUUCAGUUGAUGUAAUUUCACGCUUAUGAAUCUACUAAAUGAUAAUUCGUUUCAUUUACUAAGCAAUUCUCUGCUUUUUGUUUUAAGGGCCUUUUCUCCAUAGGAAUCGUAUUAUUAUUUUUUUUACGUAUUAGAGACGACAUAAUUCGAGCCAUGAUUCGAGCCAUAAUUCGCGGACUUUUCUAAGGCAUUCGAUACGGUCGACUACUCUGUUGUCAUACGUAAACUACAUGCAAUUGGAUUGUCCAAGACAGCUCUUCUGUGGUUUCUGAGCUACUUAACUAACAUUCAACAGUUUGUACAAGUCGAUGACAAACGAUCUAGUCUUGCAAAUGUCCCAUUUGGAGUUCCACAGGGCUCGAUUCUUAAGCCGUUCUCUUUAAUCUUUAUGCGAAUGACAUGCAAGAUUGCCUGCAAGAUAGCUCCUUGCGGAUGACAAAACGGUGCUGCAUCACGCCACUCCCAAAGACCUUGAUGUCUGUGUAGACAAGGUGAAAAAGACUCUCAGCAGCAUCAAGUCGUGGGCAGCUGAUAGUAACUCGCUAUUGAAUGAGACCAAGACCAAGCACAUGGUUAUUUCCACUAAGCAGAUGUCUAAAGUGCAUAAUCUUGACGGAAACACCCCACCUCUCACCUUGAAAGAUAAGACAGUAGAUAGAGUAAAGAAAUUAAAGUUGUUAGGAACUUAGCUUAGUGAGAACCUUUAAUGGACAGAACAUGUUAACGAGGUCACAUCAUCAUGUUAUAAAGUGUUAGCCACUCUCAGGAAGAUCGAGAGUAUGACAUCACAAGAGACUAAGAAGUCUCUUGUUCAAAGUCUCGUGCUAUCCAAACUUAACUUUAAUGACUCGUCACUUAUCCUCUUCCCAUAUUUCAGCAGAAAAGAGUACAAAGCGUUCAGAAUGCUGCCGCUGGCUUUGUCUUGAAUCGUUUCUGUUCAGAAAGGGACGUUCUAGAGCUUGGCUGGCUACCUACACCAGAAAAUGCGCAAUUAAACAUUCUUAAGCUUGAACGUCGAGCUCUUUCUAGUGCAUCCUUGCCCGAAUAA